GCCAUGUUUGCCUUCCCCAUUUAACAAAGAGCGAGGAUCUGACGUUUCCUUUCAGGACUGUGCAGCAGUCACAGCCCACUGCGAUAACCACUUUCCGGGGCUAGGCGCCAGCCUCCGGAGACACCGCACACGGGGACGCUAAGUGCUUUAACACUAGACAGAAAUCAUGCAAAGAAAAAAAGUGGAUUGUACAUGUAAUUAAUGCGUGAGUUCUACCGCAAGCAGGACUUUCCGAUUCACAGUGGGGUACUGUGCUGAAGAGGACGUGGCGGAAUAGACCGUUUAAAGGCGAGAAACAGAGAAAGGGAUAUUGUGAAAGUAGAAUCACUGGAGGAAGCUGCACACGGUGGGAGUUCCAUGUGUCUGCUCAAUCCGAGUACAGGUCUGUGGAAAUGCAGGAUCUAGCCGGCCCACACAUCAAGGCCUGUGGAAGCAGCAGCGAGUGUCUUGAUGGUCAGAACGGCAACAGAUCCCAGAUCAGCGACAGAUCACAGAUCAGCGACAGAUCCCAGAUCAGUCACAGAUCCCAGAUCAGCGACAGCCCCACCACACCAAAUGGCACAGAAGGUAAGGAGCCAAUGAGCAGUCGCAACAUCAUCGUCACCUUGGCCACAGAGCAGCGUCAGGACAGUCUGUCAGGAUCAGAAACUGAGAACAGUGGCUUCAGCCCAAGACAAACACAGCAGUUUCCUCCUCAGAUUCACUCCUCAAAGCCCUACCCUCAUAUUGUUCCUACUCCAUCAUCCCAAACAAUGGCCGUGUAUGGGCAGGCCCAGUACCCCACAGCAAUCCCGCCGACUCCGGCAUACCCCAGCUAUUCUCCACAGGGCCAGGCCUACGGGCUCCCCAGUUAUGGCAUAAAAACAGAGGGCGGCCCGUCACAAACCACGUCCCCGGGACAAACUGGCCUCUUAGGCUAUGGUUCCAGCUUCAGCACACCCCAGACAGGACAGGCUCCCUACAGCUAUCAGAUGCAAGGGGGAAGUUUUUCAGCAUCGGGACUGUGCUCUGGAAACAGCUACCUCUCAAACUCAGCUGGAUUCAACGGUGCACAGCAGGACUACCCCUCGUACUCCACCUUCAGCCAGGGCCAGUACUCCCACUAUUACAGCAGUGGCUCCUACUCCUCCCCCUACGUCAGCAGCCCCACCACCCCGUCCUCCACCUCCACCUUCAGCCUGCAGGACCCCACGCCUGCCACCAACGGCCAGGCCUCCACAGACGCCCGCCCAGCGAGCGAGUACAGCGUAAUCCAAAGUCCAUCCACUCGCAUAACCGACUCGGAUUUGGAUCAAAUAGGGCGAACUGCGGAUGGAAAAUCACGCGGGCGGGGUCGGAGGAUCAACAACCCGUCUCCAUCUCUGGACCUUUCCCUGGAGCGCGUGUUCAUUUGGGACCUGGACGAGACGCUCAUCGUUUUCCACUCUCUCCUCACCGGCUCGUACGCCAACAGAUUUGGAAGAGAUCCGCCAACCUCUGUGUCGUUAGGACUCAGGAUGGAAGAAAUGAUCUUUAACCUGGCUGACACGCAUCUAUUCUUCAAUGAUUUAGAAGACUGUGACCAGGUCCAUAUCGACGAUGUGUCCUCAGAUGAUAAUGGCCAAGAUCUGAGCACAUACAACUUCAGCUCGGACGGCUUUCAAACUGCAGCCAGUGGCGCCAGCCUCAGUUUGGCCUCGGGAGUGAGGGGAGGGGUGGACUGGAUGAGAAAGCUGGCCUUCCGCUACCGACGAGUAAAAGAACUUUACACCUCGUACAAAAGCAACAUCGGAGGUCUGCUGGGUCCAGCCAAAGGGGAGGCGUGGCUGCAGCUGAGAGCUGAAAUCGAAGCUCUGACCGACUCCUGGUUGACACUGGCACUGAAGGCCCUGACACUAAUCCAUUCAAGGGCAAACUGUGUGAAUAUUUUAGUGACCACGACACAGCUGAUCCCAGCCCUGUCGAAAGUCCUGCUCUAUGGGCUGGGAACUGCCUUUCCAAUCGAAAACAUCUACAGCGCCACCAAAAUCGGAAAAGAAAGCUGCUUUGAGCGGGUGAUCCACAGGUUUGGGAGAAAAGCCGUUUACAUCGCCGUUGGAGAUGGUGCCGAGGAGGAGCAGGGUUCAAAAAAGCAUAACAUGCCGUUCUGGAGGAUCUCCAGCCAUUCGGAUCUGGUGGCGCUCCACCACGCCCUGGAGCUUGAUUACCUAUAGCGCCGUGGCAACAAUCUCCAACCUUCUUCUAACCUGGGAGCCUGUCCCUCAACAACUGCGGAAUCAAUCUCAUAACCUCCUGAUCUCCUUUCAGUCCCCAUGGCUACCAAAGUGAUAGCUUGGUCCAUUUCCUUUCAUCUGAGUGCAGGAGAGACUCUUAUUGGGGAGAUGGGUUCACAUAACGGGUACACCCACACUACUAGGCCCCGUGGUGACUCCAGAUCCCACUCCUUUUUUGUCCCAAAUGGUGGAGGAGUAUCCAGCAGCCCUCUUGGAGGACCUGAUCAAUCUGGCACCAGAGUGCUCUCAGAGAAACUGCCAGAGCCAUUUUGUAGCUCUGUUCUCCUGUCCUGUCCAAGGCCUGGCCGUAGAGGAACCAGGGUGCGUGACCUUCGUGUCUGUGAAGCCACCCUGUGAAUCCAGUGAAUCCCUGUGGCACCACAGCCCAUGAGUCCUGCAUCUGUGAACUUUCUUCUGUAAAGACAGUGUUGCCCCUUUUCAGUACAGAAACCCCAAUGAACCUAUGAAUUUAUUUCAUAUAUUAUUUUUAAAGUAAUUUAAUUGUAACGAAUAUUAUUUGCCUUGGCAAAAUGUUAGUGUACAGAAGAGGUAUUUGUGUAUUUGUACAUUUUUAGGCACUGGAGUAUUGAUGAACUGCUUGGGUAAAGUGAAUGCUGUUAGACAAUUUUUUCUGAAGUCAAUACCGCUUGUAUACAAUGCCUAAGGGUGGUAAGUUCAUAUUUGUAUUGUUCAUUGUAUACAGACAUUUGAAUCUGGAUUUUUGUGAAACUUCGCAAUGAAGUGCAAAUAUGUGACAUGUCAAUCUUUAUUUUGUUUUGAUUAAAGCAAAUCUCUCAUAAAAAUGUUUUGUGUGGAAGGUGUGUAACAUACGUCUUCCAUAUUCCCCUCUCCUCCCACCUCAUGGCCAGUCAGUGGUUCCUGUCCCCCAGUGUGGGAAUCUCAGAUUUUACUAAUUCACUGAGUUCAACCUUUUUUUGGUGACACCAGAAAUCACUGCAUUGGGAAGGCAAUAUGGGGGGUGCUGAAACGUCUGUGAGAGAGACACUUGCUGACAUUAGGUUGUUGACAUUUUUUAAAUAUGAUUUUGCGCCAUAUCUUCCCAAUUUUGACUGUCCUGUUGUACUUUUUACAGUACCAGUAUUCUAAUACAUCCUCCACCACUAUCAACUCAGGAGAGCACAAACAAGCAAUAUUUUAGGGCUUUAUACAUUGUUGGUAGGUCAAGGUUACUUUUUGAUUUUAUUUUUGAAACUCCCAUUUUUUUAAAACUAUUUUUUACUGGUAAAUGACAGAAUAUUAUACUGGUAAGUGACACAAUUAAUGUCAUGCACAGUAAUGUUCUGUAUACACAAA